UGUAUACAUGGAUUUAACGAUUUGCAAAAUGACGGCAUCUCAUAAGCUGCGUGCGCUGAUUAACGGGUCAACUUUAUUCGGCAUUUGUUAUGACCAUCAGCCAAAAGAGAUAUGAAACUGUGCAUUGAUUUAGUUUUUUUUUUAUAAAGGACCGCUGCAAUUUAGAAGAAAAUUCAAUUUUCAACUUCUCAGAGAAUUCUCUGAUUUAAUUUGUGUAUAUUCGAAGGGUUCACUGUAUUUGAUCUUUUAGAGCCUUACCCCUGUAAACAUUCAAGGUCAAUUGCUUCGAAUUGUUCUUCUUAUCGAUCAUUCUCAAUUGGCCAAAUUCAUCGUAUUGAAACUGUUAAACUUUUUAUGCUAUGCUUUCAUUGGUGAAAACAUUUGCUGUUCAACCGUAACACGACGGGUUUUGAGCUUCGCUUGAAUUCACCACGUAUCAAUCGGUAGCUCUGACAACUGUCAAACUCCGCGCGCAAAAAGUUAUUGUAUGUAUAACGAGGCGGCAUGUAACGUUUUGUAUUGUUUUGAGUAGAUCACAGUGCAUUUGCUUUAGAAUAUAAAAAGUAGACUCUUUUUGUGUGAUUUUAUAUUUAAAAAAAGAAGACAAGAUGGAAACACUAGAAGCGCUUACUCCAGAAUUAUUUGCCGAGAAAUCGGUGGAAGUGUUGGAAGCAUUGUCAAAGGAAGUGAACCUCGUUAAAAUCCCACUGAUCAGCAAUUGGGAAAAUUUCAAUCAAUUGCGAGACAUGCAAUUGGUUCGAUUUCGUGGUUUGGUGCAAAAUAUGCUUGAUCCAGAGAUAUAUUUGGAAUCAUAUCAAACAAAGAGUGACACUGACACACUCACAAUGCGCAAAGGGAAAUUUCGGGAUAAUUUAAAGCUGGAGGCAAAUGAGGAAGUGUUAUUCGAUUCAGCAGAAAAUGUGCAUGCUGAACGACGUCCGAUUUUCAUGGUUUCGAUACCCGGCUUGAAUGAUUGGGCUGUAGACAUUGAAAAGGAGCAAUUCAUUGCAGACAGCAUGGAUGUUGAGAUGAACAAUCUACCGUCGAAUGGUCUCAAACGACCACUGGAUGAGUCUCAAGCCAACGAAAAUGCUGGCGAUCAAAUGGAAACCGACUCAGACAAUGUUCAAAGCAAAAAAUUGAAUCGAUCCGCCUCUGAGUCAGAGCCAAAGACAAGCACAAAUUCGAAUUUAUCUCGUGAAUAUUUAUUAAAUUCACCGAUUGUUGAUCGACCAAGUAAUGCUAUCAUAGCAAAAUUCUAUGAUGACACAGCUAAGGUGUCGUUAAACGAUGCACUCGAUGUCGUUGGUUUUGUUUCGCUGGACGCAAAUCUCUGUGGUUCAAACCGACAGUUGGAUGAAUUUGAAAAUUUCGAUGAAAUCUGUGCCAUGAAUCCACCGCCAUCACUCAUCCCACGCCUUCAUGUCAUUUCAUAUCGAGCACUUGCCCACAUCAAUCCUCUGCUUCAUGACAACCGACACAAUGGCGAUGUGCUAAAUGAUCAAACGAAAUUGGAUUGCUUCCGUGAUAUUAGAACAGCACUGACCCAGUGCUUGUUUGGCGAUGAAAUUGCUGCUGAUUACCUGUUUUGCCAUUUGAUUUCAACGGUUUAUGUUCGCGCCGAUGAGACUCUCGGUCAAUUUUCCUUGAACAUUACCAAUUUUCCCAGCGAAAAACUCACCGGUUACACCAAACAACUCUACGAUGUCAUCGAAUCAAUUCUACCAGCCAGCCACUACUUUCCCAUCACAAUAGACAAUCUUAACUCAACUGAUUUUAUACCAACCAAAGACUACGAAACGGGCAAACUCAACAGUGGCUUAUUGCAAUUGGCGCCACACACACAUCUUGUGCUCGAUGAGACGCAACUGGAACCAGGCAAACUAGAAGCCCAUGGCAUUGAAGGCGUUAUGUACAUCUCAAAUCUCAUUCGGAAGCAGCAACUUAAUGUGAACUUCAAAUUUUACACAAUCGAUUACAAUGCGAAUAUACCGGUGCUGAUUUUCAGCGAAGGCAAAAGCAUGUUUCCAAGCAAUUGUCACAUUCCACUGAAGGUGGACACCGACACGAUUUCUGUUAUAAAUGAAACAUUUGUGGCGCUCAAGCAGUUUUUGAAGCCCAAAUUGAACGUAAUUCGUCGUUUCCUUACAGAGAUGCGAUUGCAAGACUUCGAUAUGGGUCCCGAAAGCGUGAAAAUGAUUCAAGAUGACUUCAUCGAGAUGCGACGUUCGUCCAAUGCAUCUGCUGAUGAUUUGCAUAUGAUGUUAACAUUAUCUCGAAUGCUGGGCAUUAUCCAAGGCAAAACAACGCUCGAAACUCAAACGUGGAAUCAGGCAAAAAUGAUCGAAAACGAACGACGAAAACGUAUCGAUAUGUUGCCAAAAGCUAAAACAUCCACAUAAUAACCCGAUUAUUUUAAUUUAAUUAUUUUUUGUUAUAAAUAAAACUGCCAUCAGGUUUUGUUCAAUAAAGGUUUAUUUAAUGAAAUGAAAAGAUUAACAAA